CGUCAUCACGUCGGUCCACAGUCUCGAGCUGAAGACGUGACGUUGACGGCGGAUCCUCACCACAGACCGUGUAUUCAUAUAGGUUAUAUAUUCGUACAUAGUAUAUUUAUAUAUUCGUAUCUAUCGCCAGAUGUUAGUGGUCUCGUGCUGAAACACGGAGACAGGAUGGCGGAGCAGAACACGGAGGCUAAGCUGAAGAACCUGCUGAAGCAGGAGAAGAUCCAGCUCUGGAAUCCUCCGUACACGGUGGAGGAUGAAGGACUCGAGCCGCAGCACGUUCAGCAGGAGCUGGCGGAGCGUUUCGCCGCCCUGCUGUUCCUGCCGGUGUCGGAGGUGGGCGGGGCUCUGGAGUCCAUCAGAGUUCAGACAGUGAAGAGGAGCAAAGGAAACCAGACGUACAGGGAGACCAACGUGGCCACGCUGGAGCUGCUGCUGCCCAGAAGCAGCAGGAAGGUACGGCUCUGUCCUCCAGCCUCUCAGUCAAAGAAGAACUACCUGGAGACAAGGCUGGACGUGUGUGUCCAGGAGGUGGUGGACAGAAUCGACCAGGAGUUCGGCCUCAGACACAUCAAACUGAUCCUGAACGGUAGAACUCUGAGUCCACACGAGCGUCUGGACGAGCAGGGCGUGAAGAACCACAGUAAAGUGAUGGUGCUGAAGGUGAGCGAUGCCGAGCUGAAGCAACUGAUGAGUGAAGAGGAGCAGAGGAGGAACCAACAGAGUGAGAACCUCCAGAGGACGCAGAAGGGCUUCCAGAUCCUGUCCGAGAGAGACGGCAGCGAGGACUCCAGUAACGUUCCGUUCCUGGAGAUCGCCGACCAGAAGGGAAACCCGCUGAAGAUCCCACACAGGGAGAGGAAGGCUCUGAUCCUGGCCAUGGGUUUCCAUGAGAAAGGUCGUUCUCUGAUGAAGAGGAAACAGUAUGAUGACGCUCUCUGUCACCUGCUGCAGGCCGACCAGCAGUUCAGUGUGUGUGGCUCCGCUCUCCUCAGCUCAGUGGAUAACUUCUCGGUCCUGCAGCUGGACAUCGUGUGGUGCUAUCGAGCUCUGGAGGCUCUGGCGUGUCUGGAGGACGGGCGCAGUCGGCUGCAGCAGGCGGAGGACGGCUUCCUGCGGUGCUACGGAGCGCGGCAGGAGCGACUGCUCAUGAUCAAGGGUAACACAGGCAGAGAGGAGGUGUUGUUUCUCCGGUUGUACCUCCUCCAGAGUCUCCUCUCCUACAUCGAAGGAAACGACAUUCAGGCGCGACACCAGCUGACCAAAGUGGAGUCUCUGUUCAGUCAUUUGUGUCUGGACUCAGAGAAAAUGGCUCAGCUGAUGGCGCUGGGCUUCUCGGAGAGAGAAGCUCGACUGGGGCUCCGAGCCUGUCAGGGCGACCUGCCGGAGGCCGCCAUCCACAUCAGCACCCGCAGACAGGAGCGAGAGGAGCUGAAGCAGAGGGAGAGGCAGAAGAGGAGCAGGAGGACGGAGGACAUCUCUGCCCUGGCCGAGCUGGGAUACUCCAGGAGAGACGCUGCCCGGGCGCUGCACCGCGCGGACGGAGACGUGAACAAGGCGUGUGAGAUCCUCCAGGACGCCAGUCAGGCUGCUCAGGCGACCAAUGACAGCAGAGGGGGGGUGGCGAGUCCAGAGAAGGUGGAGCAGUUGUUGUACUUGGGUUUCGAGAGGGACGCGUCUGAAGCAGCUCUCACUCUGAUGGAUGGAGAUGUCCAAUCAGCUGCUCAGUUCCUGCUGGACAACCAGGGUGUCCUCUCCCCGCCCUCCUCCUCCCCCUCCACAGAGGAGCCCAGCACCUCCUCCUCCACCUCCACAGAGGAGCCCAGCACCUCCUCCAGCACAAUAGAGGACGAGGAGCUGGUGAGUGAAGUGCUGGAGGAUCUGUCUCGUCACGAGGAGGAUUAUCUGGACCUGACGCUGGAGGAGGAGAGCGAGCUCAUCAACACCAUGAAGACGUUCCUGAGCCGAGGGGCCGCACACACCAUGUGACGCACACAGACACACUAACAGUGCGUUUUCUCCUGCUUCAUUCUGACAGAGAUCUUGAGAUUGUGGCCCCUCUUCUGAUUUCAUGUGUUUCAAUGUUUGGUUUGAGGGAAGCCACAGAAUCAUGAACACAAAUUAUAUUUACAACUUGACAAAUCUGCACUAGUUAAACAAAGCAGCGCUCUUCAGGGAGAAGAAGCUCAUAUUUUUUGAUAAAUCAAAGGAUCAACUUGUGUUUUCUUUUAAAAAAAUCUGCUGAUUUAAAGAGAAAGUUCGUGUUUGGGAAAGUUUGUAUUUUCUGUUGAAGAAGAAGAAACACUUAUUUAAAUAAAAUGUUCAUGUUGA